CGGACAGCCUCGUCACUGCUCUAGACGACGAGACAUUGCUCAUCACCGAUUUCGUAGCCGACCCAAGCAACGAGAUGAAUUACAAGGGCAGCGGGAAGGUCCACUUCGGAGUGGACGAUGUGUCCCUCUACGGGACGCCGAAGGAGGAGCCGGGCCCGGGUCUUCCGGGCCAGGAAGUCAAGCAGAGCUUCUUGAAGAAUCAGCUUCAGGCCCUGUUCCAGCCUACGGACAACAAGCUGGCCAUGAAGCUGUUCGGCAGCAAGAAGGCUCUGAUGAAGGAACGGAUCAGGCAAAAGGCUGCAGGUCACUGGGUCAUCCAUCCUUGCUCCAAUUUUCGAUUCUACUGGGACCUCUGCAUGCUCUUCCUGCUGGUAGCUAAUUUGAUAAUUUUGCCAGUCGCCAUUAGUUUUUUCAAUGACGACCUAAGCACUAGGUGGAUAGCCUUCAACUGCCUUUCCGACACGAUAUUCCUCAUAGACAUUGUCGUCAACUUCAGGACAGGUAUAAUGCAACAGGAUAACGCGGAACAAGUGAUCCUGGACCCGAAGUUAAUCGCGAAACACUACCUCAGGACUUGGUUCUUUCUCGACCUCAUUUCCUCCAUACCACUAGACUACAUUUUCCUCAUAUUUAAUCAAUUUCAGGACUUUAGCGAGUCCUUCCAGAUCCUGCAUGCUGGCCGUGCUCUCAGGAUCCUCAGGCUUGCGAAACUGUUGUCGCUCGUUAGGUUACUACGGUUGUCAAGACUGGUGCGGUAUGUCUCGCAGUGGGAAGAGGUCUAUAUAUUGCAGAACCUACAAAAAAAACGCACUGAGCGGAGGGGGCGCCUAAGUUCUGACAAUAUGAGUAAAAAGAAGUCCGGUUUCAGCAAAAGCGACCUUAUUUUUAAGUUCCUGAAUAUGGCGUCGGUGUUCAUGCGGAUUUUUAACCUGAUUUGCAUGAUGCUCCUAAUCGGCCACUGGAGUGGCUGCCUGCAAUUCCUGGUCCCCAUGCUCCAAGGGUUUCCUAGUAACUCAUGGGUCGCCAUUAAUGAAUUACAAGACUCGUUUUGGCUGGAACAAUACUCAUGGGCCCUUUUCAAAGCCAUGUCGCACAUGCUCUGCAUAGGAUACGGGAGGUUUCCGCCUCAGUCCUUGACCGACAUGUGGCUCACUAUGCUCAGCAUGAUCAGCGGUGCUACCUGUUAUGCACUUUUCCUCGGACACGCGACGAAUCUCAUUCAGUCUCUCGAUUCCUCCAGAAGACAAUACCGCGAGAAGGUGAAACAAGUAGAGGAAUACAUGGCCUACCGGAAGUUACCACGAGAAAUGAGACAGAGGAUCACGGAGUACUUCGAGCACCGCUACCAGGGAAAAUUCUUCGACGAGGAGUUGAUCCUUGGAGAGCUCUCGGAGAAACUAAGAGAAGACGUGAUCAACUACAACUGCAGAUCGUUAGUCGCGUCCGUGCCAUUCUUUGCAAACGCCGAUUCGAACUUUGUCUCGGAUGUCGUUACCAAACUGAGAUACGAAGUCUUCCAGCCAGGUGAUAUCAUCAUCAAGGAAGGUACGAUCGGCUCUAAAAUGUACUUCAUACAAGAAGGCAUUGUCGAUAUCGUGAUGGCGAACGGCGACGUAGCCACCUCGCUAUCAGACGGCUCGUACUUCGGCGAGAUCUGCCUGCUGACGAACGCGAGGAGGGUCGCCUCGGUCCGCGCAGAGACCUACUGCAAUCUCUUCAGCCUCUCGGUGGAUCAUUUCAACGCCGUGCUGGACCAGUAUCCGUUAAUGCGCAGAACGAUGGAAAGCGUUGCCGCCGAGAGGUUAAACAAAAUCGGCAAGAAUCCGAAUCUGGUGGCUCACCGCGAAGAGGAUCUUGGCAGCGAGUCGAAAACGAUAAACGCCGUGGUAAACGCGCUCGCGGAGCAAGCUGCGCAUGCUAGUGCCAGUGAAGAAUCGGUGCACAGCAUGGAGCUGAGGACUCUUCCAACUUGCCCGUUACCCAGACCAAAGUCUGAGAACAGUUUCGCGUGCCAGGAGCUCUCGAGGGAGGGGCGACGGGUCUUCCACAAGAGCGACACUUUCCGCAAGGACUCGUAUCAAUGACGACACUCGUUAGACUAGCAUACAGAGAGAUACUAACGGCUCCAUGCGCGACAGUGGCUCUGUUCACUGUCGAUCGGAUCGUUGGUAGCCAUUUUAAGCCUAGAUUCUGGACGCUACACUAGAAGCAGUCUACUAUACAUAGAUAUACGCCAUGCCAGUAGUCUUCUAGCAAUCGGUUUCUAGCGCCUUCUUAUAUUAACCCGACGGCACGUUCCAGUCCAGGAUCUACGCGUAAAAUUGUGCGGACCAAAAUGUAUCCCGAGGUUCUCCAACGAUGGCACAGCAGCAGCACACGUGUGAAAAGAAAGUAAAGAAAGAACCUCGUUUCGAAGAAAAUUUUUUUCUCCACGGCGAAACGUUCGAUUUAAACAGCAAUAAAUAUAAGAGCGAAACGAUCGACGAACGAAGAACGGAGAACAAUGUGAACGGAUCGUUGCCAUGGAAGGGUGAUCAAGAUAGCACGAGAAAGGACGUAAGAGCUCGAUAGGAAGAAAGGAAUUAUCGUUAUCAGUCGGCUGUGUCAUCGAUCGGAGAACAAGGAGCCGUUAAAUUCCUGCCGCGAGUCUUCUUCAUCGACGGUGUGGCGUCGCACCAGGCGAAUGAAAACGACGCGACGACAUAGAUGAAGACCUCAACGACGACGAAGAGCAGGCCUAGAAAUUUAUAGAGCGUACGUAGCCCAUCGUGGACUAGGUAGAAAAAAAAAUCCUAAACGACAGUGUUUAAACGAUGCGUAAUUCUCUGUGAUUUUGCAAAGCCGACGUUUCGCACUUUAGGAAGAAGAUGAGAACAAAAAGAAAAAAACAGAAGAAAAUUUGGGGGUGAACGAAGAGGGUGAGGAGAGGAGAGUAUAUGAUAUACUAUACACACGAACGAUUAGGAUUCUAUUUCUGUUUUUAUUUUUACUUUUAUUAUUUUUUUUUUUUUUUUCCUAAGACAACUAACUAACAUGUAGAAAGGAGGGGAGGAAUUCGGAAACGUACUCGUAAGACGAGGAGAUAUUUCAAUUUGUAAGUUUGUUAAAACUUGUUUUAACUUUAGCUUCGUAUCGUUGAACAGUCCCGUGCGAGUGUUUUAAGAAAGAAGAGACGAAGAGACGGAAGAGAACAAAGAGAGAAGAAGAAGAGAGCAAACGAGAGGAAGAUGCAAUAUUCCGCAAGUGUUGGUAAUCGAAAGACAGGAUCCCACAAUGAAGGAGUGAAGGGAUAUUGAAAUGGGGAAACAAAGAAGAUGUCUUCAUUUAUCGCGGCUAAUCUAUCCUAAUUUCAAGAAUAACGACGGAGCACGCCUGUAUUAUUCGGAACUCGCUUCUUCCAGAUAGCUCCAGUUUUAUUUUCGAAGUAAAAGACAAAAUGAAAAACAAACAAAAAAAGCGUCUCGAAUCGCUUCGAGAGAGCGCUUGUAGAUAAUACGCCAAUAAUUGUAACGCGAAUACGAGUUCUAUUCAAUUAAAAAAAAAUCGGAGUUUAGGAAGACCGUCCUGAGACGAGAGAUUCAACGGGCCACGGGAACCGAGAUGGAUGGAAAUAAAAUAAAAAGAAAAGACGAGAAUGUAGAGGUACGAAAAUUUCACGGAAGGGAGGGGGAAUUAAAGGGGUGGGAGAGAAGAUAUUAAGUCGUUCUACAAAAGGAAGAAAAUUAAUAAUUAUAAAGUCUAAAAUCGAAGGCCCAAAGAUCGUGUUAACUUGUUGAGUGUUCUUUGGGCUGUCACGACUAAAUAAGGGGGAAUAAUACGCACGUCAAUGAAUGAGAGAUAAGAUUUAAAUAAUGUGGAACGCGAGCGAGAGCGAGAGAGAAAGUAUCUUUUUAUUCGGGCGAGAAACGCGAUGUACUAUAAGAAGCGCGAACAAAAGAAGAGAGAGAGAGAGAGAGAGCGAGGAAGCUAUAAAUAUUAUGUAAUAAAUUAUUAUUAUUGUUACCGAUUAUCAUUGCAAUGAUUAUUACAUCCACUACCGCAUAACAAGAGAAAAACUAGGCAGAUUAACAAAAAAAUAAUAAUAAUAAUGAGAAACUCUACGAAGUAUUGUAAAUGAGAACAGAUACACAUAUUAUAUAUACAUACAUAUAUAUACACAUACAUAAAUAUACAUAUAAAGUAUGCAUAGUGGUCAAUACCGUGUUGCAAGAUAUUAUGUAACGUUUCAAACUGUAACGCGAGGAAGGGUUAAACACCGACAACACCGAUACUGUUACGGACAGUC